CGAAAGUCAAGCUGUCAAAAUUGAACACUUCUGUGAGUAUGUUAAAAUUUUCGGUGAUCACCUAAAUUUUGUUAAGUAUUUGUAAAUUUUAAAUGUUUGUUUCCCCCUGAUAAACAAAGGAACUUCGGAGCACCCACAGAUGACCCUCCAGCCAAUGUCAUGAGUUUUUCAAACUAAAAACCAAAGCCCGCCCAAGCUAGAGCCCACUAAACACAGCUGCCAUUCGGAGGGAAACCAGCCAUUCGCCCCGAAACGCGUGGAAAAACAAAAAAAGGCACGAGAAUAAAGGCAGCCAGCUAGCGAAAAUAAAAACAAACAACACACCCAUCCAUAAAAUCAUGGACAGCGCCGGUAAAAAUCGUUAUGAACUCUUGUUCAUGGACGACGAUGUCAGCGAUCCAUUAGAUAAUCUUGUGGCGCCGACGGCCGCCGCUGCCUCUGCCGCAGCAGCAGCCGCCGCUGGCAAGAAGAAGCAGCCGUCAGCUGGUGCAGCGGCCACCAAAACGACCGCCAAGGUGACCAACAACAACAACAAGGCGGCCGCAGGAUCCAAUCUGGGCGGACCCAAUGCCAAGAAACCGAACCAGGCCGAGAAGGAGAACAAGCCGAACAACGCCUUAAACAAGACCGAUGGCAAGAAGUUUGCCCCAUCCGCCGAGAAGCCACAGUUCAACAACAACAACAAACAGCAGGGUGCUCCACGACCAGGUGGCGCCAACCGAACACGUGAAUUCGGCACCGGUCAAGGACAGGGUCAAGGACAAGGCGGACAGGGUCAGCAGCGCAGCGUCAACUUCCGUCAACAGAAUGGCAAUGGCAAUGGCAACACUGUGGAAUCCCGCGAGCAGCGCAACAACCGCCGCAACGUCCGCGAGAACGGAGGAGCACCCGAUGGCCAGCAGCAGUCGCGUCCCUACCGCGGUCCAGGCGGCGGCCAGGGCGGUGCUGGUGGAGAUCGCCCGCAGCGCCAGAACAGGAACUACGAUGGCCAGAACAGGAAGCGCGAGUUCGACCGCCAGUCGGGAUCGGAUAGAACCGGUGUGAAAUCAAUUGACAAGCGGGAUGGAGCUGGUUCCCACAACUGGGGAUCGGUCAAAGAGGCUAUCGACGAUGUGAACAAGAACGAAAGCGAGACCAAUGUGAGCACUGCCGAGGGUGGAGCCAAGGCCGACGAAUCUGCCACUGAGGCACAGACCGAGGCGCAGGCUGCCGCCGAGGAGGAGGCCAAGGAACUGACCCUGGACGAGUGGAAGGCACAGCAGGGACAACGCAUCAAGCCAACCUUCAACAUCCGCAAGGCUGGAGAAGGUGAGGACACCACACAAUGGAAGAAAAUGGUCGUCUUGACUAGCAACAAAAAGAAGGAGAACGACAGCGAAGAGGAGCUCGAAUACGAUCCCGCCCUGUAUCCUCAGCGCGUGGGCAGGCAGCAGCGCGUUCUGGACAUCCAGUUCAACUUCAACGACGGUCGUCGCGGCGGACCUGGUGGCUUCGGAGGACGUGGUGGCCGUGGAGGACCAAGACCAGGUGGUGGAUUUGGAGGCGGACCACGCACCGAGGGAGGCAAUCGCGAGGGCGGCAACCGUGAGGGUGGCGGCAACAACCGCGAGGGCGGAAACCGUGGUGGCCCGCGGGAUGGUCCGUCUGGCAGGCAGGAGCAGCAUAAUAACGAGGGCGGUGCUCCAUCCGCUCAGAGCCAGAGGCCGCCCAUCGAGCGUCGCGGUCCGGGCAACAACCAGAACAAUCAGAACAACAGCGGUCCAGGUCAAAACAAGCGUUUCGAGCGACAACAGAACACUGCUCCCAAGGUCAACGAUGAGCGUCAGUUCCCCACACUGGCUUAAAUCUCGAGAGGAUUUAGGCAGGAGGUUGCUCCUCAAAUUGCAGUUUUGGUGACUGAAGAGAUGAAGAAGAUGGAAAUCAGCAAGUUACCAAAAUGAAAUCUUAUAACUUACAUAUAUCACAGACAAGAAACUUUUUAACAACAAAGAGGGGGAAACCGAAGAUGAAACAAUUGUAGCCGCCAUAUAAGCCAAAAGCAACAAAAAUACCAACCAACAAAGCUAAGCAAAAAAUUGAUAAUAAAUUAUACAUACAUAUUUAAAUAUAUGACCAGAACACACGAAAAGCAAUUUUAGUUUAUGCGUGGCCAACUAAUCAGAUUUUACCCGAUAAAAUCACGAUCAAGCAAGUGACCUCGUGUAAACUAGUCAAAGUCAGGGGCUAAGUCAUCCUCAUUAGGGAUUUUACAUCUAAUGUCUGUUCACCAGUCGAAGAGAUUUGUUUCGAGAUUUUUCUACAUAAAAAACGGCAUGGGCGGACAUAGAAAUUGUUUUAUUACAUCAACCAAAUCCAGAUGUAAAGUUGUUUUUUUUUAUGUUAUUACCAAUCACUUAAUCAAAAAUCAUCCUAUCUAAUAAAAAACCAAUUACAGUCGCUAACCAGUGAACAGGGCGAAUAAAAUAAAAUAAACUAAAGAUAAAAUAUAUAAUAUACAACAUCACGGCCUGACAAAUUCUUCGAUAAAAAGAAGCAAAAUACACUACAUUACAAUAGUUUGUUUUCAUCGAGAGAACAGUAAAAGCAUUUUCAUUACUCAUAUAAACUUUUUGUUCUAUUACGAAUCACAUUUUCGUAGCGAAAUGUACGUUUUAUUAUUUUUACUAUGUUAACUUUUAUUUAAAAUAAAGAAAACAAAAUGGACAAAUAUUAAAAUCAGUAGUUGGAAAGAGAAACCUUAAACCGAAAGAAUAGUAAGUGUUAAAACCUUUGUAAUUGUGUUUCUUGGAUGCAAAUUCUAUAAUUAAACAUUUAAAUUUAAUAAUUAUAACGCAAACUAUGCAUCAUAUAUACUACUUUUAAUUAUAAAAACCUAACUGAACACACACUGAAAUACAAAGCAAAACAAUAUUAA